AUGCUGUCCUGCAAGGCCGUGGCCUUUCUGCUGGUGGUGCAUGCAGCCACCAUGCUGGCUUCCCAGACAGAAGCCUACAUUCCCAUCUUCACCUACGGCGAAGUCCAGAGGAUGCAGGAAAAGGAGCGGUACGAAGGGCAAAAGAAAUCCCUGAGUGUACAGCAGAGGUCCGAGGAGGUGGGCCCUCUGGACUCCGCAGAACCCUCGGAGGAAGAAGUAAAGGAAGUUACCAAGCUGACUGCUCCCGUGGAAAUUGGCAUGAGGAUGAACUCCAGGCAGCUGGAAAAGGACCAGGCCACCCUGAAAGGUCUGAUGCCUGAGGUGCUGCUGUCCAGCCAGAACGAGGACCACAAAUGA